AUGUCUUACCUCUAUAACAUGUAUGGAGAAGCCAAAAACGCCAUUGACGGGUCUCUAGACAGCAACUACCUUUACAUCCAGUGUAGCGGCACCUCCGAGCAGGACAACCCCUGGUGGACGGUCGAUCUCAAGGGACAAUUUAAGGUCUUCACAGUCGCAGUGACCAAUCGAGGAGACUGCUGUGCAGACAAGAUCAACGGGGCCCAGAUAAGAAUUGGAAACUCGGCUGAAGAUGGAGGAACCAACAAUCCCAUAUGUGGAACAAUUCCAACAAUGGCAAGCGGUGAGACUCUGGCCUUUGAAUGUGACGGCAUGGUUGGACAAUAUGUGACCAUCUUCAUCCCUGGAAAAAUGACCUCAUUAACUCUCUGUGAGGUCCAAGUGUUUGGACUACCGAGCGUCGUCUCAGGUGAUUAUAUACUGUAG